CUCCAAUAGAGACGCGCGCGCGUACACAGUAUCUCUCUAUACCCAUCUUGGGACUCGGUUCUGACAACGGAAUCAAUGGCGGCCGCCGGAGCCUCCACCUACCGAGAUCGGACGUCAGAAUUCCGAUCUCUCUCGGAUACAUUGAAGAAGAUUGGAGGAACAGCGGCUGCCUCAAACGAAUCACAGAGCCUCCCAUCCACAUCCAAGCCAAACCCAACUGCGUAUAGAUCCGAAUUCAACAAAAGGGCUUCACGAAUUGGAUUGGGCAUCCACGAAGCCUCUCUGAAGAUCUCCAGACUGGCCAAACUGGCUAAACGGUCAUCUAUUUUUGAUGAUCCGAUCAAGGAAAUUCAACAAUUAACUGCCUUGAUAAAAGACGACGUCACAGCCCUUAAUAUAGCAAUUUCUGAUUUGCAAACCCUUCAAAACAUGGAGAUUGCUGAUGGAAUUUUUUCGGAAGAUAGAGUUGUUCAUUCUAAUGCUGUAUGUGACGAUUUGAAGAACAGACUUAUGGGUGCUACAAAACAGUUUCAGGAUGUAUUGACUACUAGAACAGAGAAUAUGAAGGCUCAUGAAAACAGGAAACAGAUAUUUUCCACAAAUAUGUCAAGAGAGGACCCUCUAAGGCAACAUGCAAAGACUGUGACAGAGCCACCCCCUUGGUCAAGUUCAUCUAAUUCAUCAGGGGGUUUGCAGCCAUCAGAAUCACCAUUUAAUGGAGUUCAAGUUGGAAACCAACUGAGACGGAGGUUAGCUGCAGAUAACACUCCAUCCCAUCAGAUGGAAGUGUCCAUGUUGCAGCAGGUGGUUCCACGGCAAGAGAAUUACUCACAAGGUCGGGCAGUUGCUCUCCAAAAUGUGGAAUCCACAAUUUCCGAACUCAGCGGGAUCUUCACACAUCUGGCUACAAUGGUUGCACAGCAAGGAGAAUUGGCUAUUAGGAUUGACGAUAACAUGGAGGAGUCAUUGGCAAACGUAGAAGGUGCUCGCAGUGCUCUGUUGAAGCAUUUAACACAAAUAUCAUCAAAUCGGUGGCUCUUGAUCAAGAUAUUUGCUAUUCUGAUAUUUUUUCUAAUGAUCUUCAUCUUCUUUCUCGCCUAAAUUGUGGCGAAGGCGAACUGAUGGUUCUAUUUUAUCUUCAUCCGGUAUUCCGCUCCUCUAUGUCUUCUUUCAACCCAUUAUAGCUUGCUCGUCUGGUAUAAGCUGCUCAAUAUCUGGUACUGCAGUGUACUGUUAUGUUCUGUAUUCUUUUUGUUGUGUAUAUAUAGUGAAUACUCCUAUUUUUCCUAUCUGGUGGCAUUAUUUCUCACUUGUAUUUUUUUUUUUUUCUGGUUAUAUUUUGCAGUUGUAAAUGACUCUUUUCCUCAUAAAUGGAAAUGAUCAGAUUGAAG